AUGGAGCAGAUUAUCAAGGAGAGGGGUCUCUGGCCUGCAGGCGGUCUUCGUGCAGAGUGUCCGGGUUUCAAAUGUGAGCCCGGACUUACUGACUGCUGCUGUCGAUGGCUCCUCUUCUGCCAGCCUGAUUUUGUGGCCCAGAAGUCUGCGCUGGAGGAGUAUAUCACGCAACGCGGUCACCUCUGUGACUAUUACCCCAAAUAUCACUGUGAGUUGAACUUCAUCGAGCAGUAUUGGGGUGCCGCGAAGUAUAUCUUCCGCAAUGGACCGCGUACUAGCACUGAGAACGAGCUCGAGGCUAAGAUUCAGGACUGCCUGGAUAAGGUGCCACUUGAAAAGGUUCGGAGGUUUGCAAACCGAUCUGCACGCUUUGUGGACUCGUACUUACAUGGCCUUAUGGGGGGACAAGCUGCGUGGAUUCAUCGUCGGUACCAUAGUCAUCGUACCCUACCACCUGAUAUGCUGGCAAAGGCUCGGGCUGAGGCUGCAGAUUUGUGA